UGAAAAAGUCAUGUGUUUGACCUCCCAUGGAGACCUCCAUUCAUAUUUAAAUACAUUCAGAAUCCGAGUCAAGUCAGUCAUCUCUCUGUCCUCUUCUCCACCGGAAUCGUAACCGCUUCAUUCACCGGAAUUCGCACACGAAGAUUCGCCGGAGAAUAACCGAAAAAUAACGGCGAACUGCGAACGGUUAACGGCGUGACGGUUUCGUAGUAAUUUUUAAACCACCGCCGUUAUUCACAGUCUCCGUUCAAGCACAACUUCUAAACGACGUCGUACCGAUCAUUCGCUCGUUGAUUCACGUAAAAUUGCAGAGGAAGAGUUGCCGGAACAAUAACGGCGAACGGCAUGACGGUUUCGUCGAUAUCUUAAAUCACCGCUGUUAUUCACAGUAUCCGUUUACCACAACCUCUAACGACGUUGUACUGAUCAUUUGAUACUGUUGAUUCACCGGAAAUUGCAGAUGCAGAGUCGCCGGAUAAUUCGUCGAUAUUUCUAACCACUGCAGUAUUUACAGUCUCUCCGUGACUCCGUUCAACCGCAACCUCUUAACGACGUCGUACCGAUCAUUUGAUAGAUACUGUUGAUUCACCGGAAAUUUCAGACGACGAUACACUGGAGAAUAACGGCGAACGGAGACCGGCGUGACGGUUUCGUCGCUAUCUUCAACCGCAACCUCUAACGACGCGGUAAUGAUCGUUCGCUAAUUGUUAAUAUCUCGUUUUUCGCUGAAUUGCAAUGCAUUGGUUGUACAGCGCAUUUUCUUCUUCUCCUUCUUCGUCUCCGUCGUCGUCGUCCACCGCCGAUGAUAACCGUAUAAACAGUCGUUGUAGUAAUCGUACGGCGGAUGUUGUUUCGACGAUGUUCUCUCCUCUUCGUGUCGCCGGAUCUCAUCACCGUCGUCACGUUAGCGGCUCAACGAAUCACAAGCACCUCAAAGAAAACGACGUCGUUCACGUCCGUUCUCGUUCCGUCUCCACACCGCAUACCUUGCCGAUGCCGGAGUUAUCAGCUCUUUUGAAACGCGAAUUCCGCCGUGAAUCUGCCGCCGAUAAGAAGUCGAAGUACAUUCUCCCGUCGCCUGAAGAGGCGAAUAAGAAAUCCGAUGAAAAUAGUAGAGAUUCGGAAAGACCUAUGAGCUUAGGUGGCCUAAACCGUUUUAGGAAUACAGAAAACAAAGAAUCACAGUUUCAGAAAUUGCCUCAAGGAUAUACUCAUGGUGAAACUGUCAGUGCGCCGACAACUCCAAUUUCAAGUCACGCAUUCUUCCUACCAACAAACAAGGUGGACAUGAGUCCUGGAAUUCAGUUACGGUCAGCACCGGAGAUGCCUUCACAAGAUAUGGCACCAGGUGUUGCGUAUCAUUAUCACACUAUUCCUCCACGAAGUAUGCAUGAUUUUGAUGGUUCAUUCGUUCAAAGCCCGGAAAAAAGAACCUUUGGUAAAAGUCCGAUGCCAUCAAGCUCUCCACUGCACAAACGAACGUCAUUCGAAAGUCCAACAAGUCGACCCGACAGCAAUGCUCAAGCUACCGGGACUACGGUCCACCCUUUGCCUCUCCCUCCAGGAGCUUCCGGACUUCCACCAUCUUCCCCACCACAAAUCCGCAACAGAUCUGAUGUGGCGGCGAAGAUGCCAAAACAAUGUCAAUGGAAAAAGGGAAAGCUUAUAGGUUGCGGAACAUUUGGAAGCGUUUACGUUGGCUCUAACAGAGAAACCGGAGCUUUAUGUGCAAUGAAAGAAGUUGAAAUACUACCAGAUGACCCUAAAUCUGCAGAGUCUAUAAAGCAAUUACAGCAGGAAAUUGAUGUUUUAAGUCAGCUUAAACAUCCAAACAUCGUACAGUAUUACGGUAGCGAAAUAGUUGAGGACCGGUUUUAUAUAUAUCUGGAGUACGUUCAUCCUGGUUCGAUUAAUAAGUAUGUUCGUGAUCAUUGUGGUGGAAUGACAGAGUCUAUUGUACGGAAUUUUACGCGUCAUAUUGUAUCCGGGCUUGCCUACUUGCAUAGCACAAAGACUAUACACAGGGAUAUCAAAGGGGCUAAUUUGCUAGUUGAUGCAAAUGGGGUUGUGAAGCUUGCUGACUUUGGAAUGGCUAAACAUUUAGAUGGACACGUUAAUCUUUCUUUGAAAGGAAGUCCGUACUGGAUGGCUCCCGAGCUCUUACAGGGUAAGCCACAAAAGGAUGGUAGUCCUGAUCUCGCUCUGGCUGUUGACAUAUGGAGUUUGGGCUGUACGAUUAUUGAGAUGAUGAACGGGAAACCUCCUUGGAGUGAGCACGAAGGACCUGCAGCAAUGUUCAAGGUCAUGAAGGAGACUCCACCGAUACCUAAAACAAUGUCACCAGACGGAAAAGAUUUCUUGCGUUGUUGCUUUAUUAGGAACCCUGCAGAAAGGCCAACGGCUAUCAAGUUACUUGAACAUAAGUUCUUGAUGGUCCAAAACCGAAGAGCACGUUCAAGAUAACAAUAGCUUGGAUUGAUAAUCUCCAUUUUUAACUCUAAGUGCAGAUAAAAAGCCUCGGAAUCUAAAAAGCUAACAUGGGUUUGCUGCGGUUAUUGGAAGCUUCAUUUGCACUCGUUUGUUGGUAACAAUAAGUUGUACACCUCUACGAACAUGUCCUGUAUGGAGCUUGGUGGAUGCAGCCUUUCAGUUCAUUAGCUAGCUUGUAGUCAUAGGGAUUUUGUAUUCUCACUUAUGUAGACCGGAAUCAAUCAUCUGAUCUUGAAUAAAACCGAACUGAACCAAACUAGUUUGUUUGGUCUGUUUUCUAAGA